AUGGCCAAAUGGAAUGAUUUCAGCGAUAAUCCCGUCUAUGUUGAGGGCUCGAGCGUCAACAUUGUCUGGCAAGCACCGACGAACAUCGCCACAUCUGUCACUUGUUACCAGGCCAAUCUUACCGAUGGAUAUGUGAUCGGAGAUUUUGAGUACAUCACCAGAAGUGUAGUCAAUGUCACCAAUUUUCAAUGGCUUGUGGGCACGGCCAAGGACUUGACGGUGUCUAAUGUCUUUUUGCUGAGCAUAUACAUCGAAGGCGGAACAGUGGUUGAAGGAACCUCACAUUAUUUCAACAUUUCCUCAAAGAGUGUCAAAUCGGCCACGACCACAAGUAGUUCGACAUCAUCCUCCACAACCAGUUCAUCCAUAUUCGAGGUACCAAGUUCGACCGAGUCCCCCGUGACCACCGCGACCAGCACGACUUCGACGACCGCACCACCGACUGCGAACUCUAAUGGCCUGAGCCAAGGAGCAACGAUCGGCCUGGGUGUUGGUGUACCAUGCGCAGUGGCACUCGGCGUAGCUGUGGGCUGGUUCUUCUUCGGCAGGCGCCGCAGAAGUCAGCAAGUACCACAGAACCACACACCUUAUGAUGACUCUAACAGGGAUGCAAUGUCUAUGGGAUGGCCGGAACAUUCUAGUGUGUACACAACAACUCAGCACGGGCAAUUAUAUGGGCAAGUUCCUCGGCAGAGCUCGCCGCGAGCAGAAAUGACGGGCCAACCGAAGCCACCAGAACUUCAAGAGCAAUUUUUGGAUUAUGAGUUGAGCGGAAAUAACAGAAUGAAUCCGCAUUAUGAGUUGCCUGAUAUCUGCCCUGAACAUAUCCUAUGCAAUUGUAGAGAUCGUGACGGGUCCAUACCCAUAAAGCCGUGCGACGGAAAGCGCCCGGCCUGCUCUCAGUGUCUGUUCCUCGGACGAUCGUGCGAAGGCUAUCAGGUAGAUGCGGUUUUCGUUUCUUACCAACCGACUUCACGGAAGCGCAGAUCCAGAAAGACUCCGUCCUCUGCACUUGUCAACAAAGCGCAGACGAAUGUCGAACUUCAAUCGAAGACCGUGAACACUGGCCUUGCCAAGGCGCGUGCCCGAAGUACUUGGCGAUGUCCUUCCCUCAGCCCUGUUGAACUGCCAACCUUUGGAGAUUUCACAGCAGUCAUCCUCAACUGCUUCACUCCCACCAGCAACUAUGUACCGUCUUCUCUCGACUCGAGCACGAUUCAAGUGUGUGGUGCCUGGGUGGGUGUGCUUCCCAGACUUGCAGCUGGGGUGCGGUCUGGUGCUCUCAUCUCUACAGCAGUCAAGGCUUUGGGGACUGCUAUCCUUGACCGAGGACCAGAAGGCACACGUUUAGACUUUCGAAGCCUCGAAGCCUACACCUCGACGUUAAAACGUUUGCACCAUGACCUGAUAACCCCCGGUGUGUUUUUCAGAGUCGAAACUGCAGCUUCCAUUGCGUGUUUGGCUAUGGUGGAGUUGAUGUCUCCAACUUCGGAAGACGGUUUCUACACGCACUAUACGGGGCUCAGUGCACUCUUCCAAUUUUAUCCUCCGGAAUUGUUCAGUUCUGACGUCUUUCAUGCCAUAUUCGUGGGCUGCAGGCCUAUCCUUCUCUUUCAUGCUUUAGACACGCGAAAGUCCACUUUCCUCGCCCAGCAUGAGUGGAAAACUGAACCCUUCCAAUACUAUCCGCCGUCAGAUAUACAACUCCUCAUAAGCGACACUACCACUCUCCCAUCUCUUCUAGAAGCCACUGAUCUCCUGAGCACCCUUCCGACUGAGAUGAAUAUUUUGGAAGCCAAUCGUAUAAAAGUCGAAUUGCUGGACCUGCAGAAAAAUCUACGCAAGUGGGAAGCCCAAUACGAGAUGCAUGCAACGAGUUCUUCGUUUCCUGACAUAAUGACGGGAAACGUUCAUACUCACACCUGGGCAUUCGAGAUCAUUUGUCUCACGGAGAUGGAGAAGGUUGAGCUGUUCCUAGCCGAUCAUGGGUCUACCUUUGGGCCAGAAGCGGGCCAGAUGCCAGAAAACAAUUACUACAACUACAAACAAGUAUACGAGCUCGCGUGCAAGAUCUGCCAAAGCGUCGAGUAUUUCCUUCGAGAUGAGAUGAAGAUGUUUGGGCCAGCUUCGGCAAUCUUUCCACUUCGGAUCGCAUACGACGUGUUCAGCAAACAUUGGGAAAGAAAUCAAGAGAACAUAAAUCGAUGUCAAGAACUCAUCGGCCGCAUCCGCCAAAAGGGUCUUUCACUUCUCAAAUAUGACAAUAUGUACGUGCUGCGAUUCGAGACCUCUGGGUGUUGCACAAUACACUACGUGGUCCCAGACGAGGGAUGCUCCCAGGACUGUCCUGCCUGGUCUAACCUGAUCUGGUUUAUAAUCAGUCCGAAGUGUGCCAUCAUGCCUCCCUCCACUUUCAACAGCGCCAUCAGCAUCACGCAUAUCGGCACCGCCACUGCCGUCCUCUCGAUCGACGGCAUUAAAUUUUUAACUGACCCUUUCUUCUCACCUGCCGGCACCGAACAUGAUGUUGGCGUGGUAGUUCUCAAAAACAGCACCUCUCCCGCCCUCACACUCGACCGUCUCCCACCCAUCGAUGCGGUCCUCCUCUCUCAUGAAGACCACUGGGACAACCUAGACGACCUCGGCCGCCAGCUCCUCGACGGACGACGAGUCCUGACCACACUUGAUGGUGCCGCAAAGCUCGCGCCACGCCCUGGAGUUGUCGGUCUGGCCCCUUGGCAGGCCGUGAACCUUCGUGCCGGCGGCCGUACCUUCCGCGUCACCGGUACGCCGUGCGUCCACCUGCCCGACGGAGAGUGCACCGGGUUUGUGCUUGAGUGCGAUGAGUUUGGCGUGGGGGCUAAUGGAAAGCCGAACGUUGUUUACUUCUCUGGAGACACGGUGUACGUUGAAGAGGUUUCUCGCGGGCUGCAGGAGAAGUGGAACGUCGUGGUCGCACUGCUGAACCUCGGCCGGGCGAAGGUACCGCUGCCGGAGGGUGAGCUGCAGAUCACGAUGGAUGGAACGCAGGCGGCGAGAUUGCUCAGAGAAGUGGGCGCGGAGGUGCUGGUGCCGAUGCAUUUUGAAUCGUGGGGGCAUUUCACACAGUUUGGAGGUGAGCUAAAGGAGGUCUUUGAGAAAGAAGGAGUGGAGAGGAGUGUUUGUUGGUUGGAGCCUGGGGUGGAGAGAAAGAUCUUCUGA